GCGGGCAAGCCUAAAUUGCCCAAUUGUUCGGAGAUACCACCCCUCACUCAGUUACCUGUCUUCAUCGUAGCGAAGACCGCCGAGAUAACUCCUUCGAAGAAAGGCCAUGUCAGGAGAAACUCAACCCUUUUCUCCAGCAAAGAUCCUUUCUCAGUACCCUCAACAGCUCAGUCGCUGCUUUCUGGGACAGAAGCUGCUCCAGCUUCUCUUUGUCGCCAAUCGGCGGCUCCUCCUACUGCCUUAUCUGUCCACCGCUGAUGGCAAAAAUGCAGACAAUGUCGGUCUAGUUACUGACAUCCUCACAAACACGAACGUGCAAGCUGUUGCUUCUCACGCAGCUACGUUGAACGAAGUUGCUAUUGCCGCUGCUGAUUCCUAUUUCCUGGUCAUGUGCUUGCAGUACGUGAUCGAUUAUGUGCAUCAGUUUAGUGGCUUGAACUGGUGGGCCUCCAUUGUUUUGACGACUCUUUUGAUUCGAGGACUGACCCUCCUUCUCGUAAUAAACCAACUGAAACACUCUUCCAAACUCGCCAUCAUUUGGCCCUGUAUGGAAGAGAUAAGCAAUGAGAUGCGGGAGAAAGGCAUGGAUUCUAUGGCUGUGGCCGAAUGUCAGAGGAAGUUGCAGCAACUGUUCAAAGAGUCUGGCAUCGGUCCAUUUACAGUGCUAAAGGGAAUGGUUAUUCAGGGCCCUGUCUUCAUCAGUUUUUUACUUGCUAUAACGAACAUGGCUUUCAAUCUUUCAAAAAUUGUCAAGAGCCUACUUGCUCACUGAUCUCUCAUAGAAAUGACUCUGGGAAAACCGACUCCUUUCCUUAGCCCCCCUUUAUUUCAGAUUGAAGUGGAAUGAUGAGAAAGAGGAGCUCUUAUUUGUAAAGAUACCUUGCCAUCAGUUGAAUCUAUGAUCAGACAUCAUCUCAUUGUUGUGGACUUUCAAGCAUUACAAUCCAGAAAUCCUUCCCUCAUGUUACGAGUGCAACAUGAAGAUUCUGAUGAUUAUUUCACCUUAUAUUAAGAUCAGUGGUCAAAAUGGCGCUGCUUGUAUACGCUUCGCGAUCUCAGACUUGUUGGGCAUGGAAUUGGUUUAUAUACCUGUUCUUUAAUGCUAACACUGGUCUCCUCGAUCACGGCAAUAAUGCUUUCUCUGUUCGAUCUGCUUAGUAGCCUUUCCUGUUAUUGCUAUACAUUCUCUAUAACUCCUCAUACUCCAACGAACCACGCCAAUGACUGAGGAGCCCUCAGUGGUACCCACUGCUCCAUCCAAGCUUGCCGAUCGAAAAAUCUCUUCUUCCGCUGUCCUUCGCCAGAGGCUACAAUGUCUAGAGGAGGAGGUCAAGGGAAGAAAGAAGAAUAAGAAGAGGUGACCAGAUAUGCCUCCGGGAAGUCCUGAAGGAUACUUUCAUCAGAUUUUCGCUAGCCUUAGAGUUAACAUGAGAUUUUAUUCGAUGUUUAGGAUUAAUCACGUGCUUACAUAUCGCUAGAAUGGAAAAAAAUAAUAAUAAUGGUAUUUAUAGG